UGUUACAUCAGGGCCUGUAUUCAUAAAGUGUCUCAGUGUAGGAGUGCUGAUCUAGGAUCAGGUCCUACCGGUCCAUAUAAUGAAGAUAUAAAAAGCUAAACUGAUCCUAGAUCAGCACUCCUAGUCUACUCAGACACGUUCUGCUUUUUUUAAUGUAUCAUGUGUAGUUAUUCACCAGCUAUAGAGUGAGUUGUUGUUUAUGUUUCUAAGACUGCAGGGUGGGUGAUGCAACAAUGGCCUUGAGAACAGCAGGAAGUGUGUUGUUGGUCUUUCUCUGGUCUGUAGCAGUGGUACUGGGUCAGGAUGGCUGGAGUGUGACUUACACCCCUCAGAGUAUCUGUACCUUGAAGGGGUCAACAGUGGAGCUGUCCUGCUCUUACACAUAUCCCAGUGGUACAGUCACAACAACCUUCUGGUUCACUAAAAUGUAUGCUGUGGAGAAUUAUGUGAGUUUGAGUGAUGACCCAGACUAUAAAGGUCGUGUGACGUACCGUAGUGAUAAGAAGAAUGUCCACACCCUGACAAUCACAGACCUGAGAGAGAGUGACUCAGCUACGUACAAGUUCAGAUUGAUAACAGAUCAGACCGGAGGGAGAUAUACUGGUGAUCCUGGAGUCACUCUGUCUGUCACAGCUCUGCAGGUGGUAACUACUUUGCAUUGGUCAAAGAGGAAGACACUGACCUGUAGCACCACCAGCUGUCCUCUGACUGGUAACCCCACCUACACCUGGUACAAGAACGGACAGAUAGUAACUGAGAAGACUUCCUCCUAUUCAGUCGACUCCAAAGCUGCAGACAGCUACUCGUGUGCUGUAAAAGGCCAUGAGGAUCUCCACUCUCCUGCAGUGUGUGUCCAGGGUCAGAGCUGCAAAAGAGUGACUUACACCAAGAGGAGAAUUUGUGCAUUGAAGGGGUCAACAGUGGACAUAUCCUGUACUUAUGUUGGUUAUUAUUCCACCAUAUCAACAUUCUGGUUUAGAAGUGAUAGGUUGAUCCCUAAGGACCUAACCAAAGACCCAGAGUAUUUCAGUCGAGCCUUAGAGAGAGGUCACUCCACCCUGACAAUCACAGAUCUGAGAGAAGAGGACUCAGCUGAGUAUCGCUUCACUUUUAAAAAAUGGAACAACUUUGAAUGGGGUCAUAGUUUCCCUGGAACAACUCUGACUGUCACAGACCUGCAGGUGAAGGUGACUCCUGACACAGUAUCAGAAGGACAUAGUGUGACACUGACCUGUAGCACCACCUGUACUCUGACUGACAAACCCAACCCCACCUACAUCUGGUACAAGAACGGACAACGUCUAGAUGAGCCCACUUCCCAACAAUACCCUAGUAAAAUGGUGGUCUGGGAUUCUUCUGUGAACAGUUACUCCUGUGCUGUUGAAGGCUAUGAGGGUCUCCAUUCUCCUGUAGUUUGUUUUCAGGUGAAGGUGACUCAUAUACGGUGGGCAACGUCAAAGACACUGACCUGUAGCUCCACCUGUAUUCUGACUGGUAACCCCACCUACAUCUGGUACAAGAACGGACAACAUCUAGAUGAGAGCACCUACAAGGUCAAAUACUCAGUCUCCAGUAACUAUGAAGACAGCUACUCCUGUGCUGUAAAAGGCCAUGAGGAUCUCCACUCUCCUGGAGUGUGUGUUCAGGGUCAGGACUGCAACAGAGUGACUUACACCAAGAGGAGAAUCUGUGCCUUGAAGGGGUCAACAGUGGACAUAUCCUGUACUUAUGUUGGUUAUUAUUACCCCACAUCAACAUUCUGGUUUAGAAGUGAUAGGUUGAUCCCUAAGGACCUAACCAAAGACCCAGAGUAUUUCGGUCGAGCCUUGGAGAGAGGUCACACCACCCUGAUAAUCUCAGAUCUGAGAGAGGAGGACUCAGCUGAGUAUCGCUUCAUUUAUAAAAACAAGUACAACUUUGAAUGGGGUCAUAGUUUCCCUGGAACAAAGCUGACUGUCACAGGUCUGCAGGUGAAAGUGAUUCCUGCUGCAGAGGGACAGAAGACACUGACCUGUAGCACCACCUGUCCUCUGACUGACAACCCCAAACCCACCUACAUCUGGUACAAGAAUGGACACAAAGUAAAGGAGGACUCUUCCAGCUCGUACUCAGUCUACUUUAGUGAUGCAGACAGUUACUCCUGUACAGUAAAAGGCCAUGAGGGUCUCAGCUCUCCUGCAGUGUAUAAACCAAAGAACACCUCAGUGUCAGUCAGUCCCUCUGGUGAAAUAGUGGAGGGCAGUUCAGUGACUCUGACCUGCAGCAGUGAUGCCAACCCACCUGUGCAGAGUUACACCUGGUGGUACAGGAAGAAUGGAGACCCCUAUCAGAGGAUGACAGGACCACAUCAUGUCUUCAAUCAAAUCCAGUCAUCUGACAUUGGAGAGUACUACUGUGAGGCACAGAAUGAGAUAGGGAAAGACAGGUCUACGACCAUCAACAUGGAUGUGAAGUAUGGCCCAAAGAACACCUCAGUGUCAGUCAGUCCCUCUGGUGAAAUAGUGGAGGGCAGUUCAGUGACUCUGACCUGCAGCAGUGAUGCCAACCCACCUGUGAACAAAUACACCUGGUACUUUCAAAAUAAGACUUUUCAAAAUGGAUUUGGACAGAUCUACAACAUAAGUAAUUUCAAGUCUAAGGACAAUGGACAUUACCACUGUGAGGCCUGGAAUGGAAGAGGGUCUAGGAACUCUACAGUUCUGAUGAUAACUUUACCAGGGAAACAAACAUCAGUUAUGACUGCAGCUGUAGGAAUCAUAGUUGUUGUUCUGGUUCUCAUCUUCUGUCUCUCUGGCUUCAUGUGGUUCAGGAAGAAGGCCUCCAAAUCCACCUCUGACACAAGAGACACAUCAGAGAAUGUACAGGGAGACUCUAGUCCAGUAUAUGACAACAUCUCAAGCAUGGCCAUGACCCCUACUGCAAAACAGAGAGCAGCCACCGUAGACCAGGAUGACGUUCACUACGCCAGCGUCCACUUCUCUCGCUCCAAAAACCAGGAAGUGCCUCUGUACUCCACCGUCCAACUGCCUCAACCCCAGAAACAGGACGAGGAUGUCCAGUACGCUGCUGUGAAAUUCAACCGCCCUAGUGCUGCCACACCACCCGCAGCAGCACAAGCAGCUGAGGAGGACUCCUCUGAGAUCUACAGUAGAGUCAACUACCCAGAACCAAGAAGACCUGAAAACAAGUCUGACACAACCCCUGUAUAUCUGGACCUGUAUAGUCCAACUAAGUGAUAUAAUAAUAUAAAAUAAUAUAUGCCAUU